CUGUCCUCUGUAUCCUGUUCGGGAUCCCUUACAAGGUGUAUACUUCAAAACAGCAGCCCGGCCUGAAUUAUUUAUCUCAGCAAUUCUGUGCCAUUGUCUUUCUCUCACACCCCUUUCUGGCAAGGAGGGGAUGCUGCGUAACUCGGGAAGGAGGACAAAAAACAACGCACAUCAGUUAAAAACUGGAUUCAUGGAGAACGGCGUGGACCCUGGGAUAAAUGAAUGCAAGACGCCAAGAGAGACACCGAAAACCAGACAUAUUGGGUCUACAGGACAUUCCCAUGGGCAGCAUGCGCCACCCCAUCCGCCAAGGGUUCGACCGAGGCUGGUCUUCCACACACAGCUAGCCCACGGCAGCUCGACUCAACGGAUUGAAGGUUUCACCAAUGUUAAGGAACUUUAUGCUAAAAUUGCGGAGGUGUUCAACAUCUCUCCAACAGAGAUCUUGUUUUGUACAUUAAACACGCACAAAGUAGACAUGCAGAAGCUUCUGGGAGGUCAGAUUGGACUGGAGGAUUUCAUAUUUGCUCAUGUGCGAGGUGAAACCAAAGAAGUGGAGAUUACCAAAACGGAGGAUGCCCUCGGUCUGACCAUCACUGACAAUGGUGCUGGAUAUGCCUUUAUUAAGAGGAUUAAAGAAGGCAGCAUUACAGACCGUCUUGAGUCUGUAAAUGUGGGAGACAACAUUGAGGCCAUAAAUGAACAAACCAUCGUAGGAUGUCGGCACUACGAAGUGGCAAAGAUGCUGAGAGAGUUACCAAAGUCAGAGACCUUUACUCUGCGUCUAGUCCAACCGAAAAAAGCAUUUGAUAUGAUUGGACAGAGAUGCAGACCAACCAAAAGCCCAAGCGAAGGAAAAAUGUCAAGUGGGAGAGAAACGCUACGUCUGCGAAGCAAAGGCAUGGCCACCGUUGAGGAAAUGCCAAGCGAAGGGGAAGAGGAAGCAUCCCGUAAAGUCGAUGACUUGCUGGAAAGUUACAUGGGAAUCAGAGAUGUGGAGCUGGCCGCAUCUCUGGUUGAAACCGCCAAGGAGAAACAAAACCCAGAGGAGUUUAGCAAAGGCCUGGACAAUGUUUUGGGUGAAUUCGCCUUCCCUCCAGAAUUUGUAUUGGAAGUUUGGGAAGCCAUUCGUCAGGCCGAACAUUAGCUCAAAAAUUACGAACAUACACCUAAGACUUCUUUAUCUUCAAAACACAUGUCUUAUCUUAAUCAUCAAUGGACAAUACGCUACUGGUUAUGGUACUUUUAUCUCGUGACCUCAAGAAAGAGCACUGAUAUAAUUAUCAAAAAAAUAACAUAAAAUUAAAUUUUC